CGCCGCUAAAAAAAUGGCAGACUGCUCGGAAGAGGUGGCCGUGCUGGUGCAGCGGGUGGUGAAGGACAUCAACAACGCUUUUAAGAGGAAUCCGCUCAUAGAUGAAAUAGGUCUAAUACCCUGUCCAGAAGCUAGGUACAACCGGAGUCCGAUAAUCCUGGUUGAAAAUAAACUUGGUGUGGAGAGCUGGUGUGUCAAGUUUCUUUUGCCAUACGUCCACAACAAACUCCUCCUGUAUAAACAAAGGAAACAGUGGCUGAACAAAGAUGAAUUGAUAGAUGUAACAUGUACGCUGCUGCUUCUAAACCCAGACUUUACCACUGCGUGGAAUGUAAGGAAAGAGUUGAUUCUGUCUGGUACUUUAAACCCAAUUAAAGACUUGUACCUGGGGAAGUUGGCAUUAACUAAGUUUCCUAAGAGCCCAGAAACAUGGAUUCACAGGCGAUGGGUGCUGCAACAACUAUUUCAGGAAAACUCCUUGUCCACAUUGGUGACAAAGGGACAUGUGGAGACAGUUCCCGUGGAAAGGAUGCAACGGGUCGUGCAGGAAGAGAUGGAGGUCUGCGGCGAAGCUGCCGGGCGAUAUCCAAGUAACUAUAACGCCUGGUCCCACCGUAUCUGGGUUUUGCAACACUUGGGAAAACUGCAUAUCAAGACCCUUCUCGAUGAACUAAGUUCCACUAAACACUGGGCAUCCAUGCAUGUUUCAGACCACAGUGGAUUUCACUACCGCCAGUUCUUAUUAAAGUCCUUGAUUAGCCAAACUCUGACUGACAGUACUGUGUUGGUGCAAAACACUUUGGUUGGGGAGCAAAGCCCGAUUCUUCCAAAGGACGAAGCAUCGGCAACGACUUUGGUGGAGGAGCAGGGGGUAGAUCUUCUUCGCCUUCUGGAGGAGGAAGUUGAACUCAGCACUGAUCUCAUUGAUACCUACCCUGGGCAUGAAACACUAUGGUGCCAUAGACGGCACGUGUUCUACAUACGGCACCACUUUCACGGUAAGCUCUCACAAAGCGCUGCCCGGCUGUCUCCUGUGGACCACAGCGAUGGGACUCUGAAUGAUUCACACCUCAGCCCAUCAGAUAGCCAUAUGACUCAGGCCAUGGACGUGGACGGACUGAAUGACUCAAGCAAGCAAGGCUACUCGCAAGAAACCAAGCGCCUGAAGCGGACCCCAGCUCCGGACUGUCUUGGCCUAGAUGUGGAGCGUAGGUUCGUUGAGCACGUUUUGUCUACCUGCAGAAAUGUGGAGCAAGCCAGGUUUGCUAAUGCCUACAAGAAAUGGCUGGUUACAUUAAGUAAGUAAAAGAGAUGGCAAAAGCUGCAGGGGUUCCCUCUUAGUGCAAUAUUCUUUCCCCACCCCCCACCUUUCUUAUAGCUGCAUGUUCUUGUUGUUAAUGCUGGCUUUUUAUCCAUUUCUCAGCCUUCUUCGUGGUCCUUGCUAAAAUUUGUAGCAAGAGUCUUUCAUAUUAUUUAUUUGGUUUAAAACUGGCAUUUCUUUGGGGCAGAAACAAAUAUUGUACUUUUUAUCAUACAGUGAGUCUUAAAUCUCUUUUUUUAAUGCAUACCUUUUGUAUUUUCACUUUGGCAGCUUUUUAUACGUCCUUCUGUUCGCUAGCCGACGUUUGAGGAGUGUGGUUAUGGUGGACUACGAAUAACGGAGUUUCAAAGCUUAAACACAAGAUCAUUUAGCUUGUCUGACCUAAACCGACCUGAUCCUGUAGUUGAUCUAGAAAAUAAAUGAGGGGAAUAGGUGAAAAUAUAGCCUAUCUUAUCUCUAAUGUAUUUGACUUUCAUGAUGAAGCAAGCCAAAGCCAGUAGAGGUAGGAAGGCUUAAAAGUAGAAAACUCUUCUGAAGGUGACCCAUCUUCAAAAGGCUUGUUUUUAAAGUCCUGAUUUUUUUUAAGGGUCUGUGUUAGUGCAGUACUGGAUUUUAGUAUUCGUUAGAGUGUGAGACAUCGCUUUUACUUACAAUUCAGUGUGUUCCAAAACUCACAGAGGCCUUCCUUCUUGUGGGGCACGCUCAAAGAGAGUGCCCAAAGAACCAUAAUCUUAAUUUAAUGGCUUUUUAGAUAUAGUAUGUCCUGUAUGUUUCUGAGAAUGUACUGUGUACACUAUGGGAUUCUAGUGAAGUGGAUCGAAAAAAAAAAUACUGGAUAAAGUAAUGGCCAAAUGUUUUAGAUUAACGGGAGUGUUCGGGAAAUUACUCCUUUUUAAGGGUUUUUAAUAAUACUCUUGUGGAAGUUGUCAGAGGUUCUUUGAUGCAGUGGUAUUUAUUGAGCUUUUACUACGUGCAGAGCACUGUACUAAGCACUUGGGAGAAUACAACAGUCGGCAGAGAUCUUCCCUGCCCCCAAGGAGCUUACAGUCUAGAGGGGGAGCCAGACAGUAAUAUAAAUAAAGCCAAAGUAUUCACCUUUCACCUACAAUGCCCUAUCUUUCUGUUGACAAGGGCCCUGUACCUAAAUUUAAGUGUGCUGUCCUGCAUAGUUUCCUAACGACCCAGUGUCUACUAGUGAAACCAUCUGAGUUCUAUUUCCUAUGCGUUUUCACUCUUUUUAUCUCCUUUCUUGUCCUUACUACUUGUCUGUCUCCCUUCCCUGUCUCUGGUUACUUCUGCCUCCCGCCUUGCUCCCAAGGAACAGUACCAAUGUCCGUGCCCUUGUAGCGUCCCGUAAUUUCUUUCUCCACACAGAUGGGCCCAGGCCACACAGGUGACAGCAUUUGGAGCUCCUGAAACUAAUACCUCAGGGAAUGGAGCCUGAAAAGAUAAAAGCAUCUGUCUGAGAUUCUCCACUCGAUUUCAUCGAAAUAAACUCUGGAGAACUCAUGGGCCCAUCCCAUUGACACGGGCAGAUGGUACCUCCUGAACUUGGCGUCCCCCAUACUUACUCCAAGUUGGAUUUUUAAAUAGCCUGAGUAAUGGGAGCUUGUUAUAUUUCCCUUGAGAGACUGUCAGGAAAGACUUUCAGAAGUAAACUAUGAAACAUUCACUCUGACCGUUUUCAUUUCUUUCUGAGUGAUUCUGCUCCACCUUUGGAAUUUACACUUAUCAGUGGGUCCUAGCCUAUUAUCUCCUCACCAACCCUAAUUUGAUGGUUUCUCGGUCAGUCAGUAUGGUAAUUACUGAGCACCUACUCUGUGCAGAGCACUGUACUGGGUGCUUGGGAGAGUACAAUAGAAUGAGUAGCUGUCAAGGGGCUUAUAGUCUAGUGAUUUACAGACAGGUUAGUUUCCUCUCAGUUUUCCAGGUUUGAAAAUAUACUUAUCUUUUGGCAAAGCUCUAUAAACACACUUUUCUGCUGGCAGUGAAAUGUAAACAUCAAGGUUUGUGAGCAUUAAAUCCACUGGAAAAAAAAUAAAAAUUAAAACAAGCCAAAAUUUACACCUCCAGAGAGCAUCUGUGUUUGGUGAACUCAGCCAAUAUUUAUUGAGCUCUGUCAACUGAUAACUCGACAAUAGUCAAAGAUCAGAAGGACUCUGACAAAUUGCUUAAUUCAUAUGGAAAGUAUCUGAACCGCUUUCUCCGAUCUUUAAUUUUCAAAUGUCCAUUUUGACCGAUCUAGGAUAGGUUGAGGCCAGAUCAUUCGGGGGCUUGAAAUUAUCUUAAUUUGUAGAGAAUUUUAAUGAUUUAGGGCAAAUGUGGGACUUCCUAUGGAAGAGGCUAGAAUAGACAAAUACAGAACUCUUGCUGAGAGGCUGUACAUAAGGAGUUUGAAGUCCCCUCGUCAGUAUUUAUAAAAGGGAACUCCUUCUUUUACUGGAGUAAAUUCAGGCAGUUCUUGAUCAUGUUUCAGGAUCAGGUAAGGUGAUCUGAGCUGGCAAGAUUUCAUUUUAAGCAGAGGUGAAAAACGGACAGGGAUUUUAGGGGGGGCGGUCGCGAUGACUAGUAGGGGACAGGCUUGCCCAGAGCUAGUCUGCCAGAAAGCUGCCAUUGGGGAUAUUUUCAAAAUUCUCGAGUCUUGUCGGAGACCCGGGAUGAGCAGAUCUGGGUGUCUCGCUCAGGUGUUAAGGGGAUGACCCCCAUCACUUCUGUGGAGGGUGGCCACUGAUGGCCCUUGUGGAUUUCAGACGGGGGCACGUGAUGUCACGUGCGUUACGCUGGGGACGCAGUCUUACGUUGUGACAUCCUACCCUCUGAAAUCUCUCUGAGACCACCUGGUGUUGGAGCAUUCCUCGGGAAGAAAUCCCUGAACUUCCCUUCCCCUUCAGUCUCAGCUUGCUCCAGAGCCUUUGCAUUCCUUUCCUAGGUCCGUGUGAACACGGGUGUUUUUCCCCUAGGAGCUGAGGCAGAGGGAGGCUGGCUGUUUAAAAGAAAAACAUCAGACAUGAAAGGGCCUGGUGCCAUAUCUGUACCAGACGGGGGACAGACCAGCUGAAAACUAGAGUGUUUCCGUUCAAAACCUGAAUAUCGGCUGCCCGAGGUUCAGGUGAUGAUCUUUUUUAAAAAAAUUUUAAAGGCAAUGUGUUUGGUGAACUCAGCCAAUAUUUAUUGAGCUCUGUCAACUGAUAACUCGACAAUAGUCACAGAUCAAAAGAACUCUGACAAAUUGCUUAAAUUAUAUGGAAAGUAUCUGAAUGUGGCAAUGUGGCUGCCUUCUUUGAAAGAGGGGUUAUUUUCCAAGUGGACCUCCAACCAUAUUGGCUUACUUUCACAACUGGGACAAUCGCCACAGAAACACAGAGGAAAAAACAAUAAAGAGAUAUAUCCCAACCCACACUGAGCUGUUAGCUUUGUUUAUGCACUCCAGCUGGAAAGCGAUCGUUUAGCCAUUAUUUAACUUCAAGUCACCAGCUAUUAAGGGUCUGUUGAGGGUGUCUGAGGGCAUUAUAGCGACUGUUUAAUAUAUCAGAGGUCAGAUUUUAAUAUUUUAGCUUCUUGCGGCAGUUUUUUGGCAAAUCUGUGCUGGGGAGAUGGUUCCUCUACUUUUUUAAAAAAAAGUGCAACUAAAAUAAAUCAUGAUCUUUGGGAUGCUUCUAAUCCUACUGCAAAGCAGUCUGAAGAAUUUAGGAUUUGGUGUCUAUUCAUUUUGCUUUUCACUGCAUCAUGUGAUUGCUACACAGAUGUUUAACUGUUUUGGUACGUCUGUGCAAACUUGAAAUCCCAGUUCUCAUUGUUUACUGCAGACUUGUGGGAUGCGAUCUUAGCCUCGAAACGGAAGUGACCGUUAAAAAAGAAUUAAAGAACAACGCUUUAGAUUUUUAAAGUAUAGAUUUGAGUGUAUACACGCUUAUUCCAGUAUGUAUCAACUUCUAUGACAACAGCAUUUUAAUCUUAAUGUGAUCUAAUUUGUUACAGAGCAUAUGAGGUACCUCCAAGAUUUGCCGAACGUAUACUUUGUAUAAUUUAAUAUCUGGGACACUGUGUUAAAGUCUUGUGCCAGUUCUCACAACUUGCUGACUCGGAUCUCUUUGGUUAUGACUGCUUGUAACCUAGUGUAUAUGUUGCUAUUGUCAUUAUUAAUGUAUUGUUCAGGGAAUCUAGUAAUUACUAAUUACUCUCUUGCAGAGUGUACAGGAGCAGCUCAAUAGGAUGAGUAAGAGACUCUAGGUACUCUGGGGCUGAGAAUUCCACUGCUUGACCACAAACUUGUUCUGUGAUUAUGGGUAAGCCACUUAAACCUUCCUAGGCCUCAGUUUCCUUCCCUUCCAAACAAGGAAACUGGGGGACAUUUACCAGCAAAAGCGCUGUAUGAAUGUUUAAACAGGGUACGCCCCGCUCUGCGUUACACCGGGGGUUACGAUCGUGCAGAACCACGAGCUCAGAAAAACAUGCGUCAGAUUACUCACCCUAUGUGCAUUGCCCGGUGCGUGCAUAUAGUCGUUUUUUUCGGACACCGCGUCACACUGUUUCUGGACAGGUGCGUGUUGUCGAAAAACUGUUCCCUAAUUCUGCGGUUGCCUUCUAGCCAAAAUGCGUAGUGAAAGCCCGUGUUUUAGUGGAACUGAGUGUACUUAAAAUGUAAGCUUUAGGCUUAAAUAAUUUUUAUGCCGAUAGAAUUUUGGGUUGUGUAACACUAUUGGGGUUGUGUAACACUAUUAUUAUGAAUUAGAUCGCAUCCGUCAUCUUUCAAUUGAAGUAUUGUACAACGUGUAGUCUCAUCACACUCCUGUGCAGAGGUAUUAUAAGACGCGAUGCGCGUCUUCCCCCCCGCCCCUUUUUUAAAAAAAAAAACAAAAUACUGAGGAGAAAAUCGAGGCACGUAAACAUCGUGGCCAACCCGGAGUUAUACAGAUGACCGGGGAGGGAAAAAUAAAAUCAGGGCUUGGGGAAAACAGUCCCUUUUUACCCACUGCGUAACUUGUAUUUGCCAUCUUAUUUGGAGUGCCUUUAAUUCUUAAUUGGAGGGUUUUUCUUCUUUUCACAAAAAGCAGGGUCAGAGAAAUUACCCCUCUAGACUGUAAGCUCACUGCGGUCAGAGAACUUGUCUACCAACUCGGUUGUGUAGUACUCUCCCAAGCGCUUAGUACAGUUCUCUGUACACAGUAAGCGCCCAAUAAAUACCACUGAUUGAUGGAUUGCCUACUGCCCUCUCGAGAUGGGGGGUGAAGAGCGCUGACAACUUUGUCAGAUAUCAUUGAUGAUAACUUGCCUCUUAGAUGGCAUAACCCAACUUUAGAAAAAUUCUUUCGAUUGAUGUCUCCAGAGAACAAAUUUGUAGGCAUUGGCUUUUUAUCUUCACUAACUCAGGCCUAUAAUAGGCAUGAUCUCAGAAGGUAUUGUAUGGUUCUUUGUUCCUUCAUGAUAUCUUUUAUCUUGUAAUGGGAUGUUGUCAUCGACAGAUUAUAUUUUGGUUCAUAUUCCUGUGUUUUGAUUACAUUUUUAAGGCACUUCCUCAAGAAAAAUGGACUGUUGCUUCUUUUUCAUCAAAAUCCGGGAGACAGAUUUAGGAGACAAGUGGGUCGCCCAAGAUUCAAGUGAGGUUUGUUUCAUAAAACUUAAUUUAACUCCUUCAUGAAACAAACCAACCGUGCCCUUGGUUAACGGCUUCCUUUUGUUUGUUCAGUAUUUUAUUCCCCCGCGAACCUCAGUCUAAACCCAGCCAUAUGAAAGAAAUGAACACUUUAGUUACUUGGCCAUUUAAUUCGUUUAAAAGACUACUGAGGGGGACAGUUGAAAAUAUGAAUAUUAACAGAUGAGCCAGAGUACUUUGCAGCUGCAUAGUAGUUUUCGGUCAAAUGAUCCCAGGUGCUUUAGAGCGAAGAGUUUAAGGCAUUUCCCUGAGAGCCCGCCAUCCGUGAGGCAACUGGCUGACAGCCGCGGGGAGUCCAGUUGUGGGACUGGGAUGAUAAUCCAAAAUUAAAAAAGCACACCUCUUUCCUUAAAGAGGGGAAGGAGAAGGGGGUAUCCUGAGCUUCCACAAACAUUUGUAGUCGUCAGUUUAGGCUUUCAAUAGAAUACCCUGCCGUUUCCUUUAUUGAGUGUGUGAUUACCUCUCAGGGUAUAGGAGACAUCUUAAAUUGAGGAUGCGUUUUUAUAGUCUGUGGCAAAAAAAAAAAAAAAUGAACUAAAUGCUGAAUAUUUAAUAACUAGCUUUUAAAAUUUUUAGUCUAGGAAGUAUUCGAUAGAAGUCACUAGCUAGCACAGUAGCUGGUUGCUGCUUUGGGACUGCCUCAUGACCUCUAAGUUUUUGCUUUAUACCUUGUAACCCAUAGUGUGAACAAACUUUAAACUGAAUCAUGUGUGGAAACGAUUUGUGUCUUUGAAUUGCGUACGUUUUUUUUUUUUAGGAUAUAAACAUCUGGAGACGUGUAGCUACUUUAUCGCGGUUGACAUUUAACUCAGAUUGUUAAAAUUUGGUUUGAUGCGUCAGCACUGGAGGCGCAUACGCUGACAGGUAUUGUGCGUCUUCAGACACAUGGCAGACUUGAUAACAUUUAGGUACAGCCUGUCUGAUAAUCGGUCUAAAGAAUGGGAUUUUUAAUUAAAAACUGGAUGGUUCAAAUCGUCUGUCCGUUUUAGGGUGCCUGCCCUCCAAAUGUGAUGGAGAAGAAUUUUACAGCUGGAACUCUAUUACGGUAAACCCAGUUAUCUUGGAAGAAUUUUACCACAUCAAGUUGUAUGGCAUUUUGAUGAAAUGUGGGCUAUUCUGUUACAUGUAUUGCACAUUCUAUGAAUAGAAGGCUAAAUGAAAAUAAAAUUGGCGUUUUGAUUUA